AAGUGGAUGAAGGGGCGUGCUUUCCAGAAAGAAACUCUAGAUAUAUCUCAUUGAAAGAAUUAAAGAAAGACCAUCUGGGGAUUGGUUACUGAAAAAGCUAUUUUAAAGCGAAUGGAGCAUUAUUUUACCUUUCAUAAAAGUUUUAUACAGCAUCAACUCUUGGAGCUGCCAGUAAAUGGAACUUCUUUUCACUCAAAAUCUGAAUUAUUAAGCACUUUAGGUUCUUGUUUUUAGAAGUUUCUUUUUAUGAUCUUCAUGGUAUGCAUUCUAACUAGUAGUACUAAACAUUAAUCCACCAAUUCUACUCUUUCUGUGCCAACCAUUUCAUUUGCUGGCCCAUGUAUGGCAUGAAUUUAUCAGGAUUGGAGUAGGAGAUGGGUGAGCAGCAGCUACUGUAUUAGCAUACAUACACACCCAGCUUCUUUCUUCAGAUUAUUACUGAAGUCUUACAAGUGGUUGGAGGACUUUUCUAUUUCUUUAUACUUACUCUACAUCAAAGGAAACUAACUUUUUGUCAAAGACAUUUAAAUUUGUGUUGCAUGCAUUAGCUUGAAUUCUUUCUAGGAUAUUCUUUUCUUCUGAACCUUUACCUAGUAACAUAUUAAUUUGUUCUGUUCCUUAAUUUAUUUUAACAUUUUUUUUUUUGGAAUGUUCAGUCAUUUUUUAAGUUGAUCCCAAGAUUAGACUCAAAGGUCUAAUUCGCCAUUUAUAUUCUAUAUUGUGGGAAGAAUUCAAAAGUUUCAAAAGUCACAUUGAUAUGGAGAUCUUCUUAUUAAACAAAGAAAUUUGUUUUACAUCUUGCAUCUAUGUUUUGAUUGAUUGGACCUUCAAACCUUAGUUGGCUUUCUAAUCUUAUCUGGUGUUCUUUCCUGUCUAUAGCUUCUGGUGUAUGAAUAUCAUUCAAGAAAUCAGUAUGCAGAUGUUACAUCUUAACUAUCCUAGGUUGUUUUAUACAGAGUCAAAGAUCACUGUCAUUUUAUGCAAACUAUUUUUAGUGCAUCAAAUGAGAGAAAAUUUCUGAAUAUAAUAUUUAUUACAAAAUGAUAGCAGAUAUUCUAAGAGUACAUUAGGUGUAUCCAUGUUUAUCUGUACAUUCCAUAUGGUACAUGGCUCUUCAGUUAAAUAUGUCUAUAUAUAAAUUCUCUUGUACAUUCUGCUUAUAGACAUAUAAAAAACUCAAUUGUAAUUAAAAAGCGAAAUAAAUUUGUCUUGCCCAACCUCAGCGCUAGUUGAAAUUCAAACUGGUUGGUUUAUAUGAUAAUUCUUUUUUUCUCAUCUAAUCUUGAUACUGUCAUACCAUGUUACCUUGUCAAUAUAAAGAACUCAGCUUCUGGGAAAUGAGAGAUUUAUCCUUGCAGGCCUAUUUUCUAGACUGCUUAUGGACAGAGGCAUUGCAGAAUACUUCAGAAUUAUCUUGUAUAAUUGGAUGCUAAUAUACUGUUUUACUGGGGAAUUUUAAAUGGCCUCUCAAGAGGUAGCAUAUGGAGUAACCAUUGUUAGUGUUGUAGGGGAAGGCUUCUUUGCCCUAUCUUGUGGAAUUGCUCAUCAAGAAGAAAUAUAGUGGGCUCUUUAAUUCCCACUUUGAACUUCUUGAUGCAAAUGGCAAUCUCUUCCUCCAGGUUGAUGGCCGCUACAAGAACUGCCAAAAGAAAACAAUCAUGAGGGAUCCUACUCAUUUCAUAUUCUCAGUUCUCACAGUGCAUUAAAAGUAUUUGCCAAGUUACUUACAAGCUGGCAUCGUUUGUUAGUUCAUCAGGAGAUCUCAGGAAGGAAUGGUCUCCUUUUUGCUGUGCAGCGUUUCCUUCCUCUUCAGGUGAAAACAAGGCUUGAUGUCUUCUUACCAGGCAACAAUAAUGAAGAUAUCAGCAACUUCCAGGUGAAUCACGAGUUUAGUUGGGGAAGCUUUUUGGAAGGCAGAGAUAAGUUCAUGGUCGAAGUUUAUCCAGGCGUGAAUUAUGCCUUCAUUGUGUCAUUAGUUACUAUUUUCAAUGAGAUUGAUAAUCAUCUGCAUUUAAGCAAACAUGGAGGUCUGUUGUCUCGCAAUUGCUGAUCUUAGGAAGAAAAAAGCAGAAGGAAUAUUAACUCGGCUGUUCUCACUUAUCACUGAAAAAAUCAUCCUUACUUGGGGUCUAAGCGAUGAAUUAAAAUGCCUUCAACAAUCAUUAAGCAUGAUGCGUGAUGUAUUGCAAGAUGCAGAGGAGCAACAAGUGACACAAAAGUCCGUUAGACGUUGGCUUAAAAAGCUUGAAGACGUUGCUUAUGAUGCUGAAGACGUACUUGGUGAGUUUGCUUAUGAGAUUCUUCGACAAACAGUGGAGAUUCAAAACCAACUGGAGGCAAAGGUAUCUGAAUUCUUUCCCUUCUCUAAAAGCACUCGUUAUUUAAAGAAAGCCGUAUUUCAUGUCAAAAUGGCUCAUAAAGUUAGAGAUAUAAAUGAGUCACUGGAUAAAAUCAAAAGGGAAGUAGCUGAUUUUGGGCUUAGAGUUACAUGUGCAGAUAGAGCGCUUGAAGGUGGCUUGGAUAGAGUGACAGAAUCUGUACUUGACAACUCAAAAGUUGUAGGAAGGAAAGAUGAUGUCUCAAAAAUUGUGAACCUUCUGACUUGCUUUAGCAAUCAACAAGUUCUCAUUGUUGUUUCCAUAGUAGGUAUGGGUGGCCUUGGGAAGUCAACAUUAGCUAAACUGGUAUGCAAGGAGGGGAAAGAGAAAAAACUUUUUGAUGUAACUAUAUAGGUUUGUAUGUCUGAUAAUUUUGAUGAUCAAAGGAUUUUCGGGGAAAUGUUACAAACACUUGAUGAAAAUGCAGGUGGGAUAACCAAUAGGGACGCAACACUUGAACACCUUGAUAAGGCAUUGGAGAGGAAAAAAUUUCUUCUUGUACUUGAUGAUGUGUGGAAUGAGGGAUCCAAGAAAUGGGAUGGUCUAAAAAAUCGAUUGUUGAUGAUUAGUAGAAAUAAUGGAAAUGCUGUUAUCAUUACAACUCUUAGUGAAGAAAUGACAUCUGUAAUGGAGUCUUCUCCUUUAUAUAGGCAUAAAUUGAAUUUACUUACAAAUGAUGAAUAAGCAAUCUCAUCAGCUUGAGGCAUAUUUAUUUCUCUUAUGAUUACCAGAUGCCGGCUGAGGUGCGGCGCUUAACUUGUCUUCAAACAUUGCCAUUAUUUGUUGUGGGUCCAACUAGGGGCGGUAACAUUCAAGAAUUGGAGUCCUUAAAGGAACUAAGAGGAGAAUUAGCAAUAACAAAUCUUGAGCUGGUGAGAGGUAAAAGUGAAGCGGAGAAAGCAAACCUGCAAGGAAAAACUAAAAUAAAUGCAUUGCGGUUUACUUGGAGUAGGAAGAGAGAAAGCUGCAAUAAUGAUGAGGAAGUCUUGGAAGGCCUCCAGCCUCACUCAAACAUAGAGAGCUUAGAUAUCGUGAAUUAUUGGGGUGAAACAUUUCCAUCAUGGUUGUUGAUGUACUCAAUAAUUUGGUUAAUUUGAGAUUGGAUGGAUGCAAGAAGUGUACAGAAAUCCAAGGCUUGGACAACUUCCUCUUCUUAAAAUUCUUGAAAUAAGUGGAAUGGAUAAUGUCAGAUGUAUAGGCACUGAGUUUUAUGGCAAAAGCAGAGAACAAAUACCGUUUCCAUCUCUAAAAGAAUUCUAUCUAUGUUCGAUGAGGAGUUUAACAGAAUGGAUGGCGCCAUCAGUAACCGAAAGAAGUGAUGCAAUUGCAUUUCCUCAGCUUUGCUGCUUGGAAAUUUCAGGGUGUCCUCAAUUGACGAGCAUUCCAGCGAGUCAUCUUUCAUCACUUGCACAACUGGAAAUUGAUGGUUGCGAAGAGUUGAGUUAUUUAUGUGACAAAUUCGAUGCCUUUUUUUCUCUUGAAGACUUGAGAAUAAGUUAUUGUCAUAAUCUGGUAUCUAUACCGAGUCUUGGAGGUCUCACUUCCUUGAAAACGUUAAAGAUCGAAGAAUGUCCCAAGUUAACAUCUCUUCCAAAUGAGCUACAGUCUUGCACAUUGCUGGAGCAUUUGUCCAUAAUAUGGUGCGAUGGGCUAACAUCUAUUGCUGAAAAUUUAAGUGAAUUGUGUUCACUUGUAUAUUUGGAAAUUACAAACUGUCCAAAUUUGAUUUAUUGUCCGAAAGAUAUAUUAUGCUGCCUUUCCCAACUGAAGGACUUGAGAAUUGGUCCUUUCUCAAAGGAACUAGAGUAUUUCUCUGGUUUGGAUUCAAUCCAAGACCUCCCGUUGCUCGAAGAGUUAAGGAUAUUUGGCUUGGAUAAUCUCAAUUCUUUCCCAGAUCAACUUCAAUAUCUCACCGGCCUCAUGUCAGCAUGCAUUCGUUCUUUCAACGAGGUGAAAUCUUUACCAAAGUGGUUGGAGAACUUGUCAUCUCUUCAAUACCUUGAAAUUUGGCACUGUAGGAAUCUGAUGUAUCUAACUAAAACAACCCUAUGCUUCUCCAAGUUAAUGAGGCUGCAUAAGUGUCCUGUCCCCUUCUUCAAAACAAUUGUGCCAAAGGGAGUGGCUCUGAGUGGUCCAAGAUUUCACAUAUCCCGCAAAUUUUCUUCUAUUAAUUUUGCAAGAUUGCAGGUAGAGAGUUUUUCAUGGACAUUGGCAGCUUGGCGUCCAUGCCAAGAAAGAUAGCGUCUAUAUCAAGAGGUGCAGGUCAACCAAAUUAAGAAAGUUGUUGAGACGAGCAGCACUAUUUAUUUUUCAUUCCCUUUUAUUCAAGUUAUUAUAUUCUUGAACAAAUUUUCUUGAUUCUUUUGUUUUAGUUGUAAGAUCAACAAAAUUACUAUUAGUCGUAUGUGUAUAUGUAUGUAUGUAUGCCUAAAAUUUGUAAGCUUUAUGUCGUUUUCUUCCUGAAAUGAAUAUUCAAAAAUUUUAAUCAGAGGUCAAAGCUCAGGCUCUUAAGCAA